AUGACGACGCUAGGGUCCGAGGUCGUGCAGACUGCACUCAGAGUAUCGAGCAAGAAGAGCCAGGAUGAGCCCCGCUUCGGCCUCACUUCGCCUUGGGAACACUACUACCAUCCUAUCGAGACUGCUGCCCAGGGUCGAUUCGAAUGUGAGCUGGACGAGAUGGUCGUUUUUGGCGAUAUUCCCACCGAGAUCAGUGGAACCUGGUAUCGAAUGCUUAUAGACCCUCAUUUCUGCCCAAAAGUGGGGACUCCCUUUGUCGACGGGGAUGGGCAUGUCUGCGCCUUCCGCAUCCAGGACGGCAAGGUCUCUAUGAAGAUCAAAUAUGUUCACACCGAGAGAUGGCUUCUGGAGCGCAAGUACGGUCGUCGCCUCUUUGGUCGGUACAGGAAUCCUUACGACAUCCACCCGUGCGUGCGUCUUGCGAAUGACACCACCGGCAAUACCAAUAUCAUCUACUGGGGCGGCAAUGUCCUCGCGUUAGCAGAGAGGGGUCUCCCGUACGCUCUGGACCCGGACACCCUGGAGACAAGGGGUGCGGAUCCAUAUGGUGGUCAGGUAGCUGCGAAAACCUUUGCAGCCCAUCCCAAAGUCGAUCCUCACAAGAAUGAGCUGGUUACAUGGAGCUAUUCUGCCAAGGGUCUCAGCACUCCGGACAUUUGCACUUACUCGGUCGAUCCCAAUGGACGCAUCUCCAAUGAACACUGGUUCAAGCAGGACAAGCCCGGUUGGCCACACGAUGGCUGGAUCACGGAUAACUGGAUCAUUCUUUCCAACAUGCCAUUCGGUGUCAACAGCGAGGAGGCGAUGAAAGCCGGGGGCGACUACUGGAGGUUCAUUCCUGAUCAACCCUCGGAAUUUCUCGUCACUCCACGCAACGCAGAUGCCCCGAGCCAUCCAGGCUGGAAACCUGGCGAAUUCCGCAAGCACACUGCCCCCCACGGUCUGAUCAUCCACACCGGGAACGCAUGGGAGGAAGAAGGUGGCACCUUGAAGCUUGAAAGCCACUUUGUCAGCUUCAAUGUCUUUGCCUUCUUCAACCCGAAGAACUACGAAGGGCCAAAAGGGAAACCCAGCGGCGACUGGUUACGCUGGACCAUGGAUCUUUCCAAGCCAGAUGGGACUCCCCUGCCACCAGCUGAGACGCUGUUAGAGGGAAUAUUUGAUUUUCCCAUUUUCGACGAGCGCAUGACUGGCCGAAACACUAAAAUCGUCUACUUGGGCGGCAUGAUGGCCCCAACAGGAGAGCGACCCAACUUCAAUGCAAUCAUCAAGUUGAAUACGGAGACAGGCGAGAAAUUUACUUUUUACGCCCCCGGAGACGGCAGUGUUGCUGAGCCCGCAUAUAUCCCCCGGAGUCCUGAUUGUGAAGAGGGCGAUGGCUGGGUCAUCUUCUAUACCGAGAGAGAGUCGUCGCACAAGGGGGAAUUGAUCAUCCUCGACUGUAAAGAUUUCUCAAAGCCGAUCGCCAUUGCGCAGUUGCCUUUCCUAAUGCGCAAUCAAGUCCAUGGGAAUUGGGUUCCUAAUCCGCAUCCUGAGAAGCCUUUGCCGAUGUUGACGGGUCCUGUUAGAGAAGAUGUCACGCCUAGCGAGAAGUACUCACAGUUGACUAAGCUUCCUUAA